CAUUAUUUCUCCUUAUUUUUCCAUUUGAUGAUUUGCUUUUCUAGAUUUCAAAGUAUGUUCUAUUCAAUCUGUCCUUCUUUUCUGAAACCGCCCAUUGUUUUCGGCUUAUUUUUGUGUAAAUAUAGAGAUUUGCGUUUGCUGCCGAUCAGUUAUUUUCUUGGGAACAUCAGAUCCUUGUAAAGGUUUCAUUUUUAAGAUUGUUUUUCUGAUUGAAUGCUACUUGGAGAUUAUUUGAGCGUUAUCCACCCCAGGUGCUUUGUUGCCAAGGCUUUGGUUGGGGAAAUUCAACAUGGAUCUUGUCCUGUCCUCUUAUAGAUUGUCUUUCUAAUCUUUGGUCAUAUUUCUCUUCUUGGAUUUCCGAUUAACCAUUCUCUUUUCUAUCUCAAAGUGAUGUAGAUGCAGUUUCAGGAGUUGCUUGAAUGGUUUUGUUGGUAAAAUUGUCAGGAUUUCUUCAUCGAUAGUUAUCGUUCAUGGUUUCUAGUUUUUUCAUGCAUCCUGUUGAUGUUCCAUAUUUUAAAAGAGGCUUUUCCACGUUCUAUCCUUUUUGUUUCUGAACAAAUGGUAAGAAGACCCAUUUUUCUGUAGCUUGGUUAUAUAGGAUCUCUGUUUUUGUAGAACAUCAGCUUAUCUUUUUUUUCCCUUAUCACAACCUGAAUUAUUGGUGCAGCUCUUAAAGCUUGUGUUCCUGCCAUCUUUAAACUAGUAGGGCUGAUAGAAGAGUAACUAAUGAAUUGUUUACAGCCACUUCAGGUUUUUUUAUCUGGUUCUUUCUUCAGGCAACAACUUGUUCUGAAGAUGUAUGUGGUAGAAGAUAAAGGAGGUGCCAUUGCCCUCAUGCUGGCUGCCCUUUUGUUCUUGGGCACUUGGCCGGCUGUUCUGACCCUCUUAGAGCGGAGGGGUCGUCUUCCUCAGCAUACAUACCUCGAUUACUCCCUCACAAAUCUCUUGGCUGCUGUGCUUAUUGCUCUAACGUUUGGUCAGAUUGGAGAUAGUAAACAUGAUAUGCCAAACUUCUUCACCCAACUUACCCAGGACAACUGGCCUUCGAUAUUGUUUGCAAUGGCAGGUGGAAUUGUGCUUAGCCUUGGGAAUCUGGCUACUCAGUAUGCUUGGGCUUAUGUUGGUCUUUCAGUUACAGAGGUCAUCACUUCAAGUAUAACAGUUGUUAUAGGCACAACCUUGAACUAUUAUUUAGAUGACCGCAUCAAUAGAGCUGAGAUUCUUUUCCCAGGAGUUGGGUGCUUCCUGGUUGCAGUUUGUCUUGGAUCUGCCGUUCACACCUCCAAUGCAGCUGAUAAUGAGAAGAAACUUAAUGAUUCCUCAAAUGAAUACCAGAAUAAGACUUGUACUACUGGAGAUCAAGAGCUCGGCAAAGAUGUUUCGGACAAAGAUGACAUACACAAGGACUUGGAAAAUGGAGUUUCUCAUGUUUCAUAUGCCAAUUUCAAUGUUGAGAAAGCAAAAGCCGGAACUGCAGAAUUUCUCAUACAGCUAGAAAAGAAAAGAUCAAUUAAGGUGCUAGGGUCCACCACAUGUCUAGGCCUCAGCAUCGUGUUCUUCGCAGGCAUUUGCUUCUCCCUCUUCUCUCCCGCAUUCAACUUGGCUACUAAUGACCAGUGGCACACCCUGAAAGAAGGGGUGCCACAUUUGGUGGUCUACACUGCAUUCUUCUACUUCUCUAUCUCCUGUUUUGUUGUUGGAAUUGGUUUGAAUAUCUGGUUUCUCUACAAACCUGUGCUUGGGCUACCGAGUUCAUCCUUCACAGCUUAUCUGAAGGACUGGAAAGGCAGACAUUGGGCUCUUCUGGCAGGGCUACUAUGUGGGUUUGGAAAUGGCUUCCAGUUCAUGGGCGGGCAAGCAGCUGGAUAUGCUGCAGCUGAUUCUGUUCAGGCGUUGCCACUUGUAAGCACAUUCUGGGGCAUAGUCCUUUUUGGAGAGUACCGAAAGUCAUCAAGAAAGACUUACGUGUUGCUUGUGAGUAUGCUGUCUAUGUUUAUUGUUGCUGUGGGUGUUCUCAUGGCUUCAUCUGGCCACAGAAAGGCAUGAUUCAGGAUAUAAGGAUACCAUGCUGUCAGAAACUCUCAUUUAUGAUCCCCUCUUCUCCAAAGCUUCAGAAGUCAUUUCAUGAUACAAGAAACAAGCAAGAUUCAUGUUAUACAAAUCACUGUCAGAAAGAAACUAUACUCCAAACUAGAAGGCCUUUUGAUAGACUUGGCUGUCAGUUAACAGCUAUUUCCUGUAUAUUCUUGUUGAAAAAUGUUGCGAGUUCGAUAUUAUGUUUUCUUCUUGCAGCAAAGCUUAAGCUGGUGAUGUGUACUCCUUAAACAGCUAAGAAUCCAGUCAUCAAUUACAUUGGUUUGUUCACUUGU